CUUUUUUUGGGGACGUGCGAGCGCCGCGUCUGGCGCACCUUUUAUUGUUUUAAAGAGGCACUGGAGCGCAGGUGAGGAGCUGAAACCUGGAGCCGGAUCACUGUGUGGAUUUAUAGUUAGAGGAGCAACAUGAGCAAGGCGAAGAAUAAAAGUGAUAAUAAGACGGAAAAAGCUUUGGCUGCGGAGAAGGAGCAGUUUGCUAAACAACAGCUCCAAAGCAUCAGCAAAACUCUCAUCUCUGGUGAAACACCACUCAAAGAGAAAUAUGUCCGCAAUAUCAUCAUGGGAUCACAUAAGGAGGGUGGAGCCACCACCUUCUGGUCCUACACCCUCAACCUGCCUCUGUCCAGCAACUCCAUGAUCAGCUGGAAGUUCUGCUACCUGCUGCACAAACUGCUCAGAGACGGACACAGAAACACUGUCAGAGAUUCUCACAGACACGUCCGCAAUGUUAAAGACAUGGGCAUUCUCUGGGGAAACUUGCAUGAUCGCUACGGCCAUAUUGUUGCCUUAUCUGCCAAAUUCCUCUGCCUCAAACUGGAAUUUCAUGCAAAGCACAAAGUGAUCCCAGGCAACUUAGAGGCCAGCGAUGAGACUUUGGAUAGAGAAGCAGGAAAUGACAUGACCAAAGUGUUAGACAUGACGCAGGAGCUGAUGGAUUACUUGGAGGCUGGACUCAAGAUGGAGGAGACAGUUCUGCGCCAGCUGGACGCCAACGGGGCCAAAUCUACCACUCCAGCUGGACAGUGCAGGCUGGCUCCUCUGAUCCCUCUCAUACUGGACUGCAGCUUCCUCUACCACUUCUCUGUCCUGCUGAUGUUCAAACUUCACAGCCGCAUUGCUCCAGAGGUUCUUCUCGGACAUCGAGAGCGGUUCCGCGUUCUGUUCGACGGCCUCACACAGUUCUUCGACAGAGCGAGAGAAAUUGAGUUCUUCAAAACUAUCAUCCAGAUCCCAGAGCUCCCCGAUGCUCCUCCAAACUUCCUCCGUGCCGCUGCCUUGGCUGAAUAUAAAAAGGCAGUGGUGGUGAUUCCUAACGAGGAGCGUCAAGAGGAGGAGGAAGUGGAGCCGCAACCAGAGAUUAGAGAAGCACCACAGAUGCCACAGUACUAUCUGCUCAACCAGAUGGGAGCACCUGAUGUUUCAGUUGACCAGAGAGGAACAGAGAAUGAGAGUCUGAAGAGAGAGCUGGAGGUGCUCAAACCAGAGCUACAGCUCAUCAAGACUGAGGCUCAGAGGUGUGUAACUGAGUUGAAGGCUCAGGUGAAUCGACUGGAGGCUGAGGUCGAGGACCAGCGCACCCAAAAACAGAUGGCCAUGGUGGAGAAGGAGCACCUGCAGAUGGAAGUGGAAGCUUUACGGUACGCCAACGUUGCCAACGCCGGGGCUCAGAUCGGAUUCAAGGAGGCAGACCACAGAGCUCAGGCAGCAGAGCUUCGCUUCACUCAACUCAAAGAGAGACACGCAGAGCUGAUCACCAGUCACGCCGACCUCAUGAAGAAGAAUGCAGAAACAGUGAAGCUGCUGUCGAGCACAACACAAGGUCAGGACGAUUUGCUGAGAAAAACACAGCAGCUGGAAAACGAGCUGGCAAAUCUGCGACUGGAGAAAAGAAACACGAUGAAUCAGCAGCAGCAGGAGGUCGAGCGCCUGAACAAAGAGCUACUGGAGCAAAGAGCAGAGCUGGCUCUCCUUCACAACGCGCUGGACAACAAAGAGAAGGAGGGAUCUCAGGUGAGCAGCAGCCUGGUGGCUCUGCAGGCGGAGCGGGAUGUGCUGCUGCGCUCCGCCAGAGAGAGAGACGCAGAGCUCUCCUCGCUGAGACAACAGGCCCAGCAGCAGCAGGGCACCUCGGACCUGGAGAGAGACCGACUCCUCCGAGAGCUGGAGGCUCUGAGAGCUCAGCUACAGCAGCAGCUUGCCAUCAAUGCUGAGCAGAAGUUGGAGAUCGACAGGCUGAGACGAGAGCUGGACUCGACACGGGCAGAGUUGAACCGUGCAAACAGCUCCCUGCAGAGCAAAGAAAUGAGUGGUACCCAGCUGAACAGCUCACUGGCAGGGCUGCAGGCGGAGAGGGAGGUGUUGCUGCGCACAGUCAGGGACCAUGAGGCUGAGCUGAACUCCCUCAGGCAGCAGGCUCAGCUCCACCAGAGCUCCCUGGAGCAGGAGAGGCAGAGGAGCAGCAUGGAGCUGGGAAGCCUCCACGCUCAGCUACAGCAACAGGCCUGUCGUGAAGGAGAGCUGGCCCACAAGCUGCAGGAGGAGCAGUUCUGUCUGCUGCAGUGUGCUGUGGUGGAGGCUGAGGGCAUCAUACUGGACGCUGUGGCCAAACUGGACGACCCCAUACAUGUCAGCUGCAUCAGCUCACCUGAUUAUUUGGUGAAUCGAGCUGAAAUCACUCUGAGCUCUAUCGACAAAAUGCAGCAGAGUCACAUGGUCUACCUGGGGAACAGGAAUGACGCCAGUGGUUUGCUGAGAGCCGUCACACAGUUCUCUCACCUCGCCGCUGACACGAUUGUCAACGGAGCUGCGACAUCUCACUCUGCCCCCACCGACCAGGCCGACCGUUUAACUGACAGCUGUCGGGACUGUGCCAAUAACUGUCUCCAGUACCUGAAGGAUCUGAAGAUCCAGGCCUCUUUACAGAGAGCAGAUCCCUCCGCUGUGCGCUACACUGUCCAGCGUAUCCUCGCUCUGGGACAGGAUCUGCGACCGAAAGGCCAGGAUGUGCGGAAAGAGGAGCUGGGACACAUGGUGGACAAAGAGAUGAUCGCCACAUCGACUGCCAUCGAAGAGGCCGUGCUGCGGAUGGAUGAGAUUCUGUCUCAGGCAAAGAGAGAAACAUCUGGCAUCAAGCUGGAGGUCAACCAGAGUAUCCUGGGUUCCUGUUCAGACCUGAUGAAGGCUGUUCACAUGCUGGUGACAGCUUCUACUGACCUGCAGAAAGACAUCGUGGAGGGAGGCAGGGGUGCAGCGUCUGUCACAGAGUUUUAUGCCAAAAACUCUCGCUGGACAGAAGGACUCAUCUCUGCCUCCAAAGCUGUGGGCUGGGGCGCCACGCAGCUGCUGGACUCAGCUGACCGGGUUGUGGGUGAAAAUGGAACAUACGAGGAGCUCAUCGCUUGUUCACAUGAGAUCGCUGCGAGCACGGCUCAGCUGGUCGCUGCCUCAAAGGUGAAGGCCGACCGCAACAACAAGAAGCUGCACACACUGAAGCAGGCUUCACGACAUGUGAACGACAUGGCUGCUGUGGUCGUCACCUCCACCAAACACGGGCAGCAGCAGAUCUCUGAUCAAGGUACGAUGGACUUCUCUGGCAUGUCUCUGAUUAAACUGAAAAAGGAGGAGAUGGAAGCUCAGGUGAAGGUGCUGCAGCUGGAGACUCAGCUGGACCAGGAGCGAGUCCGUCUGGGGGAGCUGAGGAAGAGGCACUACGAUCUGGGCGCCUCUGGGGAUCUUCCUGACGCCGAGGACGGCGCCGAUAGCUUCCCACCGCCGCCGCCGCCCAAUCUGCUGGACUCCACACCAAUACCUCAGUCCUUCUCACAGACACAGCCGUACCUGAACACACCGAGCCUCGCACCAAGCAACCCGUUCGCUCCGGCUCAAACUCAGCCUGCGUCUUACACACCAACAAGCACGUACACACCUUCUCAAACCUACACCCCGUCUCAACCUUCCACCCUUUCUCAAACAUACACACCUUCUCAAACAUACACCCCAUCCACCCUUUCUCAGACAUAUACACCUCCACAAGUCUACACCCCUCCUCAGAGCUACACCCCUCCUCAGAGCUACACCCCUCCUCAGAGCUACACCCCUCCUCAGAGCUACACACCCUCCUCCCAGCCGUUCAUCCCAACCCAGCCGUACACACCAUCUCAGCCCUACAUACCAACCCCAUCCCAAACCUACCUGAACCCUCAGUCUUACUCGCUGUCAACGCCCACGACACAAAGCUCCUCCCGGCCUCAGUCUCCGUCUCUGUCUCGGGCGACCCCUCAGAACAACACCGAGACCACCAAACCAGCCUCGAGGAAACCCAAUAUCUUUACCAAAUCUGGAAACCUGCUGAAGAAUGCGUUCAAACGUGGUGAAACUGGAUCAGGAGAGUCCUGAAGCCUGACUGAAGAAGAAUCAUUUUACUUAACAAUCACUGGAAAUAUAAUGAUUUCAAUCUAAUUUUAUCUCUGGCUCUGUAAAAACAAAAUUAGAGGAGCUUAAACUCAAAAUCAUUGUGAGUUAAAUGUGCAAAUUAAUAUUAUCCAGCUUAUUUUUGUAAUCAUACCAAAGCCUAUAUUAUGUUACUGUUUGCUGCUGUAUAUCAAGUUGAUUUAUUAAAGGUG